CACAUUAAAUUCGAUGCAUAAAUGUUCAAAAUUCCAUAUCAAUCAAAGCAGCUUUCAUGCUAUUUACUAUUUUUAGCUUUACACCCACACAGCUUUUUUUUUGUCAAUUAGUUGAAAAUGAAUCUUUUGUAUUCGGGAAGGAGGGACUCUGUGGUUUGAGGAAUCUAAUGCAAGUAGUAAUGCAGUGGGGAACAGCAGAGAGAUCAUCUCUGAAAUGCCAUGCAUGUUGCAGAACUUAACAAGAAACAUUUUCAGUGUCCUUAAUAACAACUCAAGAAGAGCAUAAGGCUUUCUAGUCAUUUAAUAACACAGACUUGUAUGUAAAUACUUGAGCUUAAAAUAAGAUACUUGCAGCAUGGAGCCAAAAUGGGCACUGCUUUUGGGUUUCAUUCUGUCCUUUAGAAGUUUUACUACAGAAGGAAGUUCCUAUACUAGCGAUAAAGGAUUAUCGAGUGUGAUUCCCGCAGUAUGUCACGGUGUACAGUGUAAUAAUGGACCUACUACUGCAUCUGCUGAUCCAGAUUUGGAGAUCUCUGGUGAUACAGAUUCAGAGAUCUCUGGUGAUUCAGAUUUAGAGAUCUCUAGUCAACCAUAUUUAACGAUGUCUACUCAAGCAAGUUUAGAUAUCACUGCAUCUUCAUUUCCGGCUCACCGUCAAGAUGUCAUCAGGGCUACACAAACUUCGGAAACAACCAGUCAAAAUGCAUUCGUAAGCCCUAAAGGAGCAGCAGAGCAAACAGAAAUCGAAUGUGAUCAGUUUAAAUCUAAGCCUGAUGAAGACCACACACCAGAGAAGUUGAAUCAGAUGAUGUCUCUGCUGAAGGACAGCUGCGAGUCUCUGAAUGAUCCAGUAGAAAAACAUUUCAAUGCAGAGGAGCUACUGGAGAACUUGUGCAACUCCACUGAUGAUCUGCUGCUGGAGGGAAAAGUCGCUGACGGCGAGAAUCUGAGUGUAUUUCUGGACAUGGUGGAGAACAGCAUGCGUCUGAUUGGUCCUCAGCUGAAAGAUCCUGUGACCAAGAUGGAGACACAAAAUACCUAUGCUGAGGUUGCGCUCACACGAAAUCAGACUCCGCCCAGUGGGAGUGUCACUCUGAGCACAGACUCCGCCCUCUUCAGCACAAGCUGGGAAACUGUUGUAGGCAAAGCAUAUUCAGGUUUCGCAUUUGUGGCGCUGUUCAGUUAUAAAGAUAUGAACUCGUCCAGUGAUCUGUCUCACAAGACGAGCAGAACAUUACAAGAGGAUAGCAGAAAGAGACUGCAUGUGGAUGAGAAAAAAAUCACUUACCAGCUCAACUCAAAGGUGGUGACGGCUGUCGUCAGUAAUCCAGACACCAAAAAGCUGUCUGAUCUGAUGAUGCUCACAUUUACGCAUGAGGAGGAGAGGGCGGAGUCUGGGGGUGUGGCUUACACCUGUGUGUACUGGAAUGAGUCUGAGAAGGUGUGGUCUGGGCGGGGCUGUGUAAAGGAGUGGUCUAACAGCACUCAUACAGUGUGUCACUGGUCUCACCUCAGUAGUUUCGCUGUGCUGAUGGCGCUCUAUCCUGUCCAGGACACUUUUGCAUCGGUGCUGAUCACGCGUGUGGGUUUAGUUCUGUCUCUGCUGUGUUUAUUCCUCUGUAUCCUGACCUUCCGCUUCUGCCGCUCAAUCCAAGGCACCCGGAACAGCAUCCACCUCCAUCUGAGCGUCUGCCUCUUCAUCGCAGACCUCGUCUUCCUCUGCGGGAUCUCCAGCACUCACAAUCAGGUGGCUUGUGCGAUUGUGGCCGGUCUGCUCCACUUCUUCUUCUUGUCUGCGUUCUGCUGGAUGCUGCUGGAGGGGGUUCAGCUCUACCGGAUGGUUGUUCUGGUUUUUCACACCACAUUAAAACACCUCUACUUGUACGCGGUGGGAUACGGAGUCCCUCUAGUCAUCGUCUCCAUCUCUGCCAUCACCUUCCCAAAGGGAUACGGCACAAAUAAACACUGUUGGCUGUCUUUGGAGGGUUAUUUAAUCUUGAGUUUCUUCGCACCUGUCUGCAUCAUCGUCAUCCUCAACAUUAUUGUCUUCAUCAUCACCGUGUGGAAACUGGCCCUAAAGUUCUCCAGCCUCAACCCAGACCUCUCCAAACUCCACAAGAUCAGGAGUUUUUUGGCGACCGCAGUGGCUCAGCUGUGUGUUCUUGGAGGAUCUUGGGUUUUCGGUUUUUUCCUCUUCCAGAAAAACGGCACUGAGGUCAUGUUGUACCUCUUCAUCAUCCUCAACAGCCUCCAGGGGGCGCUGAUCUUCAUCAUGCACUGCCUGCUGUCCAAACAGGUGAGAGUGGAGUAUCACAGUCUGUUUGUGCGAAUGUGUCCAUAUAAAAAGAAAGGAGACUACAGUGUCAGUACAGAGCCGUCUCACAGCAGUCAGAAACGUCUACAGAGUGAUCAGAGCACAGGAGAGUCACAGUUGUGAAGCGCUUUUCAAGUCCUGGUGGAUUUUUAUUGACUAUUGAACACAUGAAGUCUUGCUGUGACAAAUGAAGAGUUUAACAGGAAUACUGCAGAAGUGGUUCAUCAUCCACAUUAAAACAUGCGUGUUUUGGUGUCUU